AUGUCUCUGGCAAGGUCAUCGCGCAGCGCUCAGUCGUUGUUCCGCGCAGCUCAAAGAACAAGCAGACAACCCAUCACCUCUCCUUUUCUUGCACGAUCCUACGCUACCGUCGAGUCCGACAUUUUCAAGCCUACAAAGUAUGGAGGGAAAUAUACAGUGACACUGAUUCCAGGUGACGGUAUUGGUGCGGAGGUGGCUGAAGCUGUCAAGACUAUCUUCAAAGCCGACAAUGUUCCCAUCGAAUGGGAGCAGGUUGAUGUCACUGGUGUCGAUACCGGAGACAAGCACUCGGAGGACCUUUUCAAGGAGUCGAUAGCCUCUUUGAAGAGAAACAAGCUCGGCCUCAAAGGUAUCCUACAUACUCCUAUCGAACGAUCCGGCCAUCAGUCUUUCAACGUGGCUCUACGACAAGAGCUCGACAUCUAUGCAUCUGUGGUACUUAUCAAGAACAUUCCCGGCCUUGAGACACGACACAAGAAUGUGGAUCUUUGCAUUGUGCGUGAGAAUACUGAGGGAGAAUACUCUGGGCUUGAGCAUCAAUCUGUUUCGGGCGUGGUUGAAUCCUUGAAGAUUAUUACUCGCGCAAAGUCGGAACGUAUCGCCAAAUUCGCCUUCUCCUUCGCUCUAGCCAACAACCGCAAGAAGGUAACUUGCAUUCACAAAGCCAACAUCAUGAAGCUUGCGGACGGCCUAUUCCGUAACACUGUCAAGAAGAUUGGCGAGGAUUACCCAACUCUGGAAGUCAAUGACAUGAUUGUGGACAAUGCUUCUAUGCAAGCUGUAUCUAGACCACAACAGUUCGACGUGAUGGUGAUGCCAAAUCUUUACGGAGGUAUCCUUACGAACAUUGCAGCUGCACUGGUUGGUGGUCCCGGCGUCGUUCCUGGAUGCAACAUGGGUCGCGAUGUUGCCGUUUUCGAGCCCGGAUGUCGACAUGUCGGUCUCGAUAUCCAAGGCAAAGAUCAGGCCAACCCCACUGCUCUCCUACUCUCUGGGACCAUGCUUCUGAGACAUCUCGGCCUCGACGACCACGCCAAUCGCAUCUCUAAGGCGGUCUAUGAUGUGAUCGCAGACGGCAAGGUCCGCACUCGCGAUAUGGGAGGAAACAGCACUACUCACGAAUUCGUACGAACGAUUCUGGACAAGUUGGAGGCUGCAGCAUAA